GAAGCAAAGAACGUUAACCUGAUCUGACCUUAGGAGUAAGUGCAGUUCAAUUCAAUUUUAUUUGUACAGCGCUUUUUACAAUAGACAUUGUCUCAAAGCAGCUUUACAGAAAUAUCAACAUGGUAUACAGAUAUUAAAGGUGUGAAUUUAUCCCAACUGAGCAAGACACUGAGUGGCGACGGUGGCAAGGAAAAACUCCCUAAGAUGUUUUAAGAGGAAGAAACCUUGAGAGGAACCCGACUCAGAAGGAACCCGUCCUCAUCUGGGUAACAACAGAUAGUGUGAAAAAGUUCAUUAUGGAUUCAUAUGAAGUCUGUAUGGCCUUAGGAGCAGCCAUAGAGUAUCAAAAGCUAAAGAAAUCAGGUCUUUGAAUAUCAAUGAUGCAAACAGGGAGGAGAAAUAUAACAGAACGAAAGACCAACAAUCAGAAGCAGCAGAUAGCCAAGAUGGAUAUCUGGGGCGUCAGGAUGCCACCAAUGUUAGUGGAGUACUUUGCCACGUUGCGCCAACAGUCGGAAGAUUACCAAGCUGCGCUACGAAAGUAGCAGGACGGCAGGAAUUACCUGGGCUUCAACUUACCGCCUAUGUUCAUGCAGGACUACGCCAUGCUACGCCAACAGGAGGAGGAGUCCAGGUACAAGGGGGAGUUUGUGUUCAGUACAGAGACCCAGCCCGGGACCGACAGGGUGACCUCAGAGCUCGAACCUGAGCUCCACGAGGUGGGCUCACCUGCCGAGGUCCAGCAAAGGGUCAGCGGGGAGGCACUAGCACCAGGCUUUGAUGUCCGAGUCCCAGUCAAGUCUCAAGUCCCUGAGGUCCAAAACAAGCCUCGCGUCCCUGAGGUCCAAAUCAAGCCUCGCGUCCCUGAGUUCACGUUCAGGCCUACUGACCCAAAUGACCAAAUGCCGCUCACGCCCAGCCAAGCUCCGCUCACGCCACAGUCCGCCGACACGCACCGCCAAGCUCCGCUCACGCCACAGUCCGCCGACACGCACCGCCAAGCUCCGCUCACGCCACAGUCCGCCGACACGCACCGCCAAGCUCCGCUCACGCCACAGUCCGCCGACACGCACCGCCAAGCUCCGCUCACGCCACAGUCCGCCGACACGGCCAGCCAAGCUCUGCCUAUGCCCAAGGUUCACAUAGUGACCUCAGAGCCUCAGCCUCCCCGUUCAGCUGAGGUCGCCGCUCAGACUCCCCGUUCAGCUGAGGUCGUCGCUCAGACUCCCCGUUCAGCUGAGGUCGUCGCUCAGACUCCCCGUUCAGCUGAGGUCGUCGCUCAGACUCCCCGUUCAGCUGAGGUCGUCGCUCAACCCGCCUGCUCCAUGGCAACUAGUGUUCCCCCCCUUCUGCUUCGAGGAGACCCACACUCCUCUCCCUGGCCGCACGGGGGACUUCUCUCGCCUUCCAGUUCAGCUGGGGACGUCGCGCUGCUUUCAUGCUCUGCCGAGGAAAUAUCUCAGCCUCCCUGUGCCAUUGUAGAAGCCGCCCGGCCUCCUGAUUUUGCGGGGGACAUUUUCUCCAGGGAGCCAGGACCACCAGAUGGAGGACGUAUAAUUUUGGGCGCUCCGGGAGUAGCGCCCUUGGGGGAGGGUUCUGUCACGUAUCAGGAAGCUCUGGACUCCACUUCCCAUCAGCCACUGCACUGCACUACAUGUCACAUGACCACCUGCACCUGAUUCACGUUUUGGUUAAUGAGCACUCGUGUGUAUAUAUAGCCAUUGUCUGCACUGAUUCACUGUCUUUUGUUGUAUUAGACUGCCAUGUUACAUGUUUUGUUUCAUGCCACAGUAUUUUGCCUAGUUGUCGUAGUGUCUAUGUUUUGUUGUUUGUUCAUAUAAUAAAUGUUAUAUAUCUGCGA